AUGAUUACAGAUUCGAAAAGUUUUACAGCUUCAGUAGCUCCAAGCGCAAAUAUUCUACCGAUAUUAGUCGAUUAUAAUAUUUCACAAAUCACUCCCUAUCUCUAUGUUACUGCUGAAGAUACAGUUCGAGAAUUUUCAAAGGUAUUUUCAUAUGGUAUUGGCUGUGUAAUUAAUGUUGCACAAGAAUUACCUCAAAUUAUGUUUCCACCUCAAACUGGUAUCGAAUCAUUCAAAUAUCCUAUAAUUGAUACUCCAAUGUUUCCUGUUUCGCACUAUUUUGAUAUUGUUGCUGAUCGUAUAGCUGUUAAUACAGCGUCAAAUCGACGUACACUUUUGUAUUGUCGACAAGGAAGAUCACGUUCCAUCACAUUUACUUUAGCUUAUCUGAUAAAACAUCAUCAUCUACCAUUACCAACGGCUUAUUCGCUGGUGAAAUCGAGACGACAAAUAGCUCAGCCUAAUGUUGGAUUUUGGUCACAAUUAAGAUUCUAUGAAGUAACUCAACAAAAAAUGAUAGCAAGUAUUAACGGCUAUCCUCACCAUCCUGUAACAUACGGUGCACAAGUAUUCAAUAAAAUAUCGAAUGGAUUAGAUAGUAUAAUCGCUCAACUUCCUAUUGUUAAUACAUUUACACAUAUGAGGGGUUCAAUAAGCGAAAAUACAAAAAUUGAACCAUACCAUUAUGGUAGAAAACGCAGACAAUCUGUUUAUUCGCAUCCAGACGAUAUUGGGCACCGAGCGAAUAUUUUACAAAGGCUAAAUUUUUUAAAGUAA